GUGAUGUCUGGACUGCAGAUCAUUUCAUUCAUUAUCAUCAUCAGCUCUGUGUUACUACAAACUCACUCAGCUGUUCGUGAUGAUUUCUCAGCUGUACUUCCACACACAGUAACAGCUCUGACAGACUCUUGUGUGCUGAUACCCUGCACAUUCAAUAUCAAUACAUUUGAGGAAAAACUGCAGAACACAAAACAGAUUUAUGGGAUUUGGCUGAAAAAGAGACAUGACUAUAUGAAAGACAAGAGUUUAGUAGUGUUUAACAGCAGUCAAAACAUCAUUCAAGGAUUCAGACACAUAGAGAUGAUUGGAAACCUCACUGAGAAAAACUGCAGCACUGUCUUCUAUAACAUCAUGAUGAAUCAUUCAGACCCGUAUUACUUCAGACUAGAAAUGGAGCCAAAUGUGUUCAGAGCAACAUUUAACACCAAUGCAAAUAAUGCAAAUGAUUCAAGCAAGACUGUGAGGAUCAUUGUCACAGAUUCACCACAACCUCCGGAGCUUAUAUCCAAUCCAAAUGUGUCUAAAUAUGUGAUGGAGGGCACUGCAGUGAAUCUGAUCUGCUCUGCUGAAGCUCCCUGCCCCAAACAACCUCCUACAUUAUCCUGGACUAACAUCCCCAAAUCUGCCAACAUUAUAACACAGUUACAGGAGAAACCUGAUAAAACUCAUUCAGUGUUUUCCUCAAUGACCUUCAAUGCUUCAUACAUGGAUCACAAGAUGAACAUCUCCUGCACUGCAACAUAUCCAAGAAACAUCUCCAAUAACACAACUGUGAACAGCACAGUAAUGCUGAACAUUUCAUUUCCUCCAAAAGAGACUCAUAUCAUUAUUAAACCAUCUGCUUCAGUCACUGUGGGCACUAAUGUAACUUUCACCUGCAAAAGCAAAGCAAGUCCAUCAAAUAACAUGACGUACACCUGGUACAAACGUGGACAGAAGACACCUUUAGCACAGGAAAAGAUGAUGAGCUUCAUUGUAACUCAUAAUAAUACAGGAUGGUAUUUCUGCACAGCACUGAAUAAAUUUGGCAACCAAUCAUCAGAAGAGAUUCAACUGUUAAUCACAGGAUCCUUUAAAGCUGUGAUUUAUGGCUGUAUAGGAGGAUUUUUGGCUUUGCUUGUGAUUUCUGCAGUAUUUUAUUGUAUGAGGACAAAGACAUUGCAGACCAAUACCAGAAGAAAAGAUCAGGCACCAGCCGAGUCUCGGGAGCACGACGAUCGACAAGUAUGCCUGUCUCCUCCAACAAUGUCUUCUCAGGUUAGAAGAGUGAUGGUGGGGAACGCUUGCCCUCAUGCUCCACCAUACAGCUACGAACCUCCCGGCACUAUGAAGCAGAUCAUUCUCGUUCCCCUCGCAUGGUGUCUGGCAGCAUGGCUAUCCAGCUACCCAGCCCAUCUCGUUGCGUUGGCGGAGGUGGCCACCCUUCUGGCCAAACAGCCGAGAUGUCUUCGGGGCUUUACACCCCUAUUUCAUAGUGCCGAAGAAGGGGGGGCUGUGUCCCAUCUUGGAUCUGCGUGUGGUGAACAGAUGUAUUCAUCGAAUGCCAUUCAAGAUGCUAACACCGAGACGCAUCUUGGCGAAGGUUCAGCACCAGGAUUGACCGCAGAUAAAAAUGAAGACAUGCUGGAGAUCUAUUAUAACAUCAACACAAAGAAUGAAAUGUCUGAGAAAGAAACUGAUGAGGUCCAUUAUGAAGAGAUUGAUGUCUCCAAACCACACACCGAUCACAUAAACAAGAAAAACCCAGAGACAGAGUAUACUGAGAUUCAAGAGUCAGAGAGAAACAGACAAAUAAAGAGUGUUCAAAAACAAGAGGAACUCUACACUCUGGUCAAGAUAAACUGA